GUACGAGAAUUGGGAUGACAAUGUGAGAUUCUCAUUCUAUUAAUUGGGCAGCAAUUCUAUACCUUAAAACAAUUCAAGUACUAUCCAUAUAAUAGACUUUUUUUUUAGGAGUUAGAUCAAUUGCAACUCCUUAUUGAGACAUGGCAGGUGAGCUGUAUCCAUCUUUGACAUAGGCUGCCGUGCCCUUGUGCCACCAAUAGUAACAGUGGUUGACGUUACAGAUGAUGCUAUAUAAUUGUUAAAUGUGUUCUGAUAGCGCUUGUUUUUCUUACAGUUUCAUGCCUUUGAUGACGAACAUCAGCUACUCAUGCCCAACGUGUUGCGCAACCCCAACCACCACUUGUUUCCGAGUGGAGAGACCAUCGGCCUAUUUAUCCCUUAAGACUUACCGCCUAAUUGAAGGCAACCUUACACCACACCCAAAUGAAACUGGCAACUAACACGGGCUUCUACGAACCUCACGGUACAGUGUACUGGGGAGAUGUUUCUUUCGCCCUCCCUUUUUAUUUUUUAAAUUAGAAAAUAAUAUAAAAUAUUUUAAAUUGGAUUGUACAAUGAAAAAAACCAUGCCAACCAUGUAGUGUAUCGCCGAGAGUUAAAAAAUUAACAUGAAUGAAAAGCUUGAGCGAGUUUACCUUAAAUUUUUAAAAUUUCAUUCCAUUUGCUCGGUACAAGUGGUCACACUAUCAAAGCUACCAAACGCGUAUUUCUUUUGUAGUUUGAAGUCAGAGCGGUGGGUCGAACUCCCGACCAUUCUUCGUCGUGUAGAGUCUGAAGGUCGAAUCACUAGCCGGUGGACUGAGUUCUGCUGACCAUUUUGAAGCGUUUGCUUCUCCGGCAGCAGUUGGCCCCUCCAUGGUCUCCGGCAGUUUCCCAUGCCAUGCUUUCAGCAGGACGCCGAUGCAUUAGUGGCCACCCUGCAGUCGCUCAGAUGCAAGUCCCACGCGAAGCAGCUCCACGCUCACGUCCUCAAGAGCACCUCCUUCCUCAAGUCGCCCUUCGUCAUCAGCGCCUUCAUCUACGCCUACUCCAACCUUGGCCUCUUCCAUCACGCCCUCUCCCUCUUCAAUGGCGUCCCCUCGCCCACCAAACUCUCUUGGAAGGCCAUCAUCAGAGGCUACACCCACCACGGUCUCUUCGACCGGGCCCUGCUCUUCUUCAGAAAGAUGCGGGCUUCUGGGGCGCGCCCGGAUCAUAACAUCCUCCCCUCCGUCCUCAAGUCGUGUGCCGCAUUAACGGAUUUAAGGCUAGGGGCAGGGAUUCAUGGGUUUGUUAUAAGAGUGGGUUUGGAUUCAGAGCUAUAUACAGGCAAUGCUCUCAUGGCUAUGUACGCCAAGUGCUGCAAUUUGGCCGUGGUGAGCAGUCGCCAAGCGUUUGAGGAAAUAACCGAGAGAACAGGCUUGGGUGGGGAAAGAUCGGUAGUGGUUACCCAGGAAGAAAGCGGUGGCAAUCGAGUUGGUGCGGUGGUUGUUUUGAACGAUCGGGAUGGUCCUGGUAAUGCACUUGACAGGUUUGGUCUUGUUGCCCCUCGCAGUUCAGAUGGUGAAUCUUUUGGUGAAACGGAUUAUUGUGGUCAUCUGAGCGGAAGAAGAAAUUCUCCGGAGAAGUUGCUGGUCAUGGAAGGUGUGAUCAAACUGUUCAAUAGUAUGCCUGAGAGAGACUUAGUGUCAUGGAAUACUGUGAUCACGGGUUAUGUGCAGAGUGGGAUGUUUGCUGAAGCUCUUGGAAUGAUGAGAAAAAUGGGAGCAGCUGAGCUUAAGCCUGACUCCUUUACCUUGUGCAGCAUUCUUCCCAUCUUUACUGAUGUUGUCAAUGUUGGUCGGGGGAAGGAGAUUCAUGGAUAUGCCGUUAGGUACGGGUUUGAUAAGGAUGUGUUCAUAGGAAGCAGCUUGAUUGAUAUGUACGCGAAAUGUACCAGAGUUGAUGAUGCCCACAGGGUUUUUAACCUGUUGGACUCCCACAGAGAUGCCAUCUCCUGGAACUCGAUUAUUGCUGGCUGUGUUCAGAACGGCUGUUUUAACGACGCAGUCAGGUUGUUUCGAGAGAUGCAGAGCAUCGGAAUCAAGCCAAAAGCUGCCACUUUCUCCAGCAUCAUCCCCGCUUUCGCUCAUUCAACAACCCUUCAUUUGGGGAAGCAGCUCCAUGGAUACAUAGUCCGGAACUCACUCGAUGAUAAUAUCUACAUAGCGAGUUCUUUGGUUGAUAUGUAUGCAAAAUGCGGAAACAUAAGGAUUGCUCGUUUGGUUUUCGAUAGAACAGAAUCACCAGACAUGGUAUCUUGGACUGCCAUGAUCAUGGGCUAUGCUCUCCAUGGGCAUGCCAAAAAUGCACUAACUUUAUUCCAGGAGAUGGAAAAGGCGAAUGUCAAACCCAAUUACGUUGCAUUUGUUGCUGCACUUACUGCUUGCAGCCAUGCUGGUCUAUUAGAUGAAGCUAGGAAGAUCUUCAGGAGCAUGAGCAGAGAGUAUGGCAUCGCGCCUGGUUUGGAGCAUUAUGCAGCCGUUGCAGACCUUCUUGGUCGUGCUGGGAGAUUGGAGGAAGCUUAUGAAUUCAUCUCAAGCAUGCAAGUGAAGCAAACUGCCAGCAUAUGGGCUACACUGUUGAGUGCUUGCAGGGUUCAUCGAGAUGUCGAACUGGCAGAAAAGGUCUCAGAAAAAAUCUUCAGAAUUGAACCAGAGAACAUGGGAGCGUAUGUGCUAAUGUCGAAUAUCUAUUCAGCCGCCGGUCGAUGGAACGAUGCUGCAAAGUUGAGGAUCACGAUGAGGGGGAAGGGGAUCAAGAAGAUACCAGCUUGCAGCUGGGUGGAGGUGAAGAAUGAAGUGCAUGCUUUUGUGGCAGAUGACAAAUCCCAUCCAUACUACGAAGCGAUCCAGGACACACUUGCAAUUCUCUCUGAACUGAUGGAGCGUGAGGGGUAUGUUCCUAACACGGAAGAUGUGCUGCAUGAUGUGGAGGAAGAGCAGAAGAGACACAUGCUCUGUGGGCACAGCGAACGGCUUGCCAUAGCUUUCGGAAUCAUCAGCACACCACCUGGGACAUCGAUUCGGGUGACAAAGAAUCUGCGAGUGUGUUCUGAUUGCCACACUGCCACCAAGUUCAUAUCUAAAAUUGUUGGAAGGGAGAUUGUCGUGAGAGAUGUUAGCAGGUUCCACCAUUUCAAGGAUGGGUCAUGUUCCUGUGGUGACUAUUGGUGAGCGCUUGCAUCAAAUUAUCCUGCAGCUGCAGCUCCCUCUGUGUUUUUUUUUUUUUAUCUUCUCUCUGUCCUUGGUUUGGCCAAAGGAAAGCCCCUCAUGAGCCAUUUCAUAUGCCUGGCUAGUAAAAUCAUUUAGAUGUUUUCCAGUUCUACUAGCAGCUGCACGUAACUUUAGGAUGAUGAAGCAUCAUGGCUUUCAAAUUGUAAUGCCUUGAAGCCCUUCAUAGGCUAUUUUAUUAAUCGUCCGGAGGUGCUGUUUUUCAUGUUUGAAUCAUCUGGAGGCAAUUGUUAUACAUGAAUCCCAAAGCAUAAUCUGCUCAGCGGCGAAAGAUAAAAUAUUUAUUAGUUUCAAAGAUGUUUGACAUGGUCCAGGACAGCCUUUUCUCCCUUCAUUUUUAAGGGACAAAUUUUGGUGAGGUUGGUUGCCGUUACAGUUUGUUGUGAUUUUUUUAAUUAGCAAGCUGGUAUUUGGAAAAGUGUACUUAACAAAUUCUAUUGAAAGUGAACAGUGAACACCCUAGAUAUCUCAAGCUUU